GUGGUGCAACAACUUGAGGAGCAUGGGUUGGGAUAUUGACAGAUUUCCAGAAGGGGAGGUGAAUUUGGAGCUGAUUUGUUGCAUUUGUACUUGUAUAUUAGAAGAUCCUGUAGAGUCACCAUGCCGCCACGUGUUUUGUUCACAAUGUAUUAAAACAUGGUUAUCCAAUCAAAAAUCGUGUCCGCAUUGUCGCGCUGCGGUUCAUAAAAGAGACCUUCAAUCAGUGGUGCCACUUUUAAAAAACAUUAUCAGUAAACAACGUAUUUUUUGCGAUAACAAAGAAAGAGGCUGUACUGAGAUCGUUCCUCUGGAAAGUUUGGUAAGCCAUGUUGCAGUGUGUCAACAUGGAUUAGUAUCCUGUUCAAAUGAUGGUUGUCACACAAAAAUUAUGAGAAAAGACUUAAAAGCACAUUCAGAAGUCUGUUUGAAACGUACAGUACUGUGCGAAGACGGCUGCGAUAUGUUUCUGAAACUUGGGGAACGAAAUAACCACAAUUGUGUGCAAGCUCUACGGGCUCAUUUUCAAGAUGUUCAGAAUGAAAUGUUAACCAGAAUCUCCAAGUUGGAAGAGCUGGUCAAUGUUUUAGUUUCCAAGAACGGCGUGAAUCCCCCACGAAGUUUAUCAAGAUCAAACAACUUGGCAGCCCAAGAAACGUACAACUGCGUUCCAUAUCGCAUCCCUUCUCCGCACCGUUCCUACGAAAGUCGGCCUCCUCCAUAUACGGUGUUUCCCGACGAGGACGUAAGUGCGACCAUAAAUUUGACUGGUUACUCUAUUGAAAACCACGAGUUUUCUGAUUCAGUUGAAUCAGUUGAGUCGGAUAACGUUGUGAGUGAUGCGUUACCACGAGUUGCUCGUCCCCAACGAGAUUCUUCAAACGAAAGGGAAAUGUCGCCAGUGUACGAUCACUUGGACAGAAACAAUCGUUCUCAUUUUCACGUCAGUAGAGAAGAACGCCGGCGUGACGUACAUCGAGAGCGACAGCGCUCUCGUUCGCCACAUUCACGAAGACCUUUAGAUACAACUUACACGCGAAAUCGUGUAAGCAAUAGUUAUCGUGUUGAGCGAGAAAAUCGAGACAACCGAGAUAAUCGGAUUGAGCGUCAAAACAGAACAUACGAUUAUAACGAACGACAAAACAGACGUCAGACAGACGGCAGCCACAACGGCCAAGACGAACAACCUUUAGUUUUGAGGAUCGGUGUGUCGCAAACAGUGUCGGAUAGUUCCAGUUCUUCUUCGUCUUCAGAUACUGACACAGAUUACAGUCGGAAUAUUAAAAUUAAUAUGUACGUAGUAACGCUUCAAAGCCGUACUCAACCUGGACUGUUUGCAGCGCAGUUUAAUUGCAAGGUCUUUCAAGAUCACCCAAUUCAGUGUGCAGGUGAUGUGUGCCGUAUAGAUUUGAGACGUUAUCAUGGGGAGGCCAACAUCGUUGCCCCCACAAAGUUUAUCAUAAGAGAGCCUUGGAAUGGUGUUGAUAAAUUCUCUUUCCAUAUCAUUCGUGACCAACAGUUUUACAAGAUGAGACUUCCAAGACCAAAACUGUUUAAGAAACGUAAAAUAAAGAAAGAGAGAACAGGAUUGUUCUCAUUAUGGCAAAGUUUUUUUGCACUUUUAACGUGUUGUACCAGCAGUAAUGCAAAUAAACAACAGAAGAGACGGAGACGCAACAAAAUUGAUGUUGUCGUGUGUCCUUCAGAAUCAUCAAUGAAAGAAGUUGAAGUACCUGCAGAUCAAACAAGUGAAUUGACCAAGCAAGCAGCUGUGCCUUUAGACCCUGAGAAGAAAAAGACGAAAAGUCGCGGAGUUAAGAGAAGUAACAAGUCUGAAAAAAAGGUCGAAGUUGAUCCAGGUGCGAAUGCAGUGGUAAUUGGUAGGGUUGUUAGUCAAAAGGAAGUACCAGUCAAUAAACUUGUGGUAGAAGAUCGAGGAUGUAAAAGUGGAGAUCUAGGAUGUAAAAGUGAAGUGAAGAUUAACAAAGAGAACUCAAUCGAGAGCUCUACCGGUAGUAAUGUAUUGAUAUCUCAAGAGAAAGAGAGUGAUGCAAAAAUGGAGAUUGAAAUACAUGAAACUGGUGGCAUGGCGUCAGAAAAAAACCACGUUAAGACAGAAGUUAACCAAGUAAGUGCUGUUGUCAAGAGAAAAAUCAAUAUCGUAGUGGGAAACGUGAAGGAUAAUACACGCUCCAUUAACACUAAAGGUGGUAACGUGGAUGGAUUGAAAAGUGAAAUCGUAAGUAACGAUGGUAAUGACAGGGCGAAAAUCGAAACAAAAAAAAUCAACAGUGCCGGAGCAUUUAAAAACAAAGUGUUGGACUUUGAUCAGAAGAUGCUAACUAAGAAAAACGAAGACCAACAAAAGAUGAAGGUAGCAUAUGACAAAGAAAACGGUAAUAGAAAUUCUGUUCUAAUUGACAAAUGUUCCAUCAAUCUGCAAUCGGUUGAGGUUUUCAAUGAUACUGUCUUGAUAAAGGAGGACAAUCUUGUUACAGAUUUUGUGCAAGAUGUUUUGUCCCGAGCAAUGGGUGAUUUGCAAACAAAAAAUGACCACGACAAGGACAUGGUUUGUAAGCAAAAAUCAACCGAAGGCUUGGAUGGAGGAAGCUCACAUGUUGCUAAAUUGAUAAAUCUGAACAAGAAUUCAGUUGUUAAAACUGAGAAAAGUUCUGACACUUUGGAAUCAAUUGAAGUUUUGAACGAGACUGACUUGAAUGAAGAAAACAAUCUAAUCACAGGUUUUGUGCAAGGUGUCUUGUCACAAGCAGCUCUUCAGUUGCAGAUGGAGUAUGCGGUUGAACAAGAUGCCGUUUGCAAGAGCGAGUCUGUCGAAAGUUUCGAGGGAGGAAUACCACAAGCCUUAGGAUCGAUGAAUAUGAAUAUGGAUGAUGAUGUUGCAAAAACCAACCCGCUAACAAAGGAGAAAUACAUAUGCCUUGCGUCGAAACCACCAUGCAUGGAUAAAAUGUACGACGUGGCAGAUAUUAUGCCGGCAACGAAAAAGUCAUUGCGUAAAAUAGAUAUGUGUAAAGAUGAAAAGCGUUCAGGUAUCCGACAAAAAUCACCGAUUCGUCGUCAACCAAAGCCGCCACAUCGCUAUUUUCGCUUAAACGACACGUACGAAUCUUUCAUUAUGUCAGUGAAAACAGAAGAAGAUUUUCAAGUGGAUAAAGUGCUUUACACUAUCCACGAGGAUGAAGAGCUUGAUUGUGAUGAAACAACCUCAGUAUCAUCCUGCGAUAAACCAGAAGAAGACGACAGUGGUGUCAUUAUUAAUCGUGAAGGGAGUUUGACAGUAUGCAGAAGUGAUGUUUUGUGUGUAAUCCCCGAGAUAAACGAAGAAGAAAUUGAAGAAGAAACGACAGUCGUAAAUUUCAUUUUGGAUGAGGAAACUGAUGAAAACCUUCUCAGCGUGAUAAGAAUGCAAAGGCAAAAGUAUAUCGAAGGAAGAUUUCCAACUGUUGCGAUUAUGGAUGUGAUUGAAGAAGAAAAAGAAAUAGAGGAUGACGGUGAUGAUGAUGAUGAUGAUGAUGAUGAUGAUGAUGAUGAUGAUGAUGAUGAUGAUGAUGAUGAUGAUGAUGAUGAUGAUGAUGAUGAUGUUGGUGAAAAUGCGGAAAUAUCUGAUGAUGACAAAAAUAAGAAGAAAAACGAUGAGGAGGGCGGAUACAAUGGAACAGUAAUGGAUGAGAUUAUUAAAGAGAAUGGUGAUGUGAUAGAUGAGGAGGAAGGAGAAAAUGAAGUUACGAAUGAUAGUAAACAGCAAAUAGAAGUCGAACAAGUUGUCAUGUGUCCAUUCGAUGACAUGUUGAUGGAGGACAGAAUGAUGGAGGAGAGCGUGAUGGAGAAGAGUGUGAUAGAGGAGGGCGUGAUGGAGCAGAGCAUGAUGAGGGAUUUUGUGAUUGAGGAGGGUGUGAUGGAGGAGAGCGUGACUGAGGAGAGUGUGAUUGGCACGCUUCCUCAGUUACUUUAAACACUACCGCAACCGUAUCCGUAUGUUUAUAAGAGCUUUUCUGUCAUUACUUCAAGACAAGCAAACAGCAAGGCUGAUGCAACGCAUUAGCAAAACGAAAGUUUACUAGAAAAGAUAGAGACUGCUUAAAGAAAGAAUUAUGUAAUGUACAGAAAACGUUUAUAAAUAGCUGACCCGGCUAGUGAAAUAUAACAUUAACAAAGUGAAUUUUACCAAGAAAAGAGAGACUGCUUUUAGAAAGAAAUGUGUAAUGUACAGAAAAACAUAUACGAAAAGUUGACCCGGCUAAUGAAAUAAAAAAAUAGCAAAAUGAAAGUUUACCAAGAAAAGAGAGACUGCUUUUAGAAAGUAAAACAUCACAAUUAUAUUAUGUAACUUAAAACAACGGAUGCGGUUUGUGAUCUAGUCAUGUUUUUGUUUUGUCUAUUACCUAAACUCCCUCUUGCGAAAAAACGAGUCGAGCUCGUAUGAAAGACCUUUGAAAGUUGCCUGAGAAUCUUAUAUUUUUUUAAAAACUUGUUGAUUUUGGAGAUAUAGGUUUUAAAAGGUUCACUAUUUAUGCAAAGUUAUGACAUCAUUAACUACGAUCAUGUUCAUAAUAGUUUUGGAAAAACCACUUUCCCCCUCCCCCCACUCUUCAGUGUUGGUUGGAGGUCUUAUCCAGAGUCGCCGGCAGUAUUUUGGGGCACAAAUCAACACAAAAUCAACAC